GCAUCGUCUAAGGAUGCUCAAGACGAAAUUCUUGCCAACGUCUACUGGAGGUUCCUGCAAUUGCGAGGCUACAUUGAUGAGAAGCACCGACUCACCUCAUGGGGUGUCUGCCUCGACCAAGCGCUUUCCGUCCUUGAUCCCACCGAUACCUUGGAAGAGGCGACGUUCCUCGCCGUUGAAAUGGUCCGUUUCGGACUCCUGAAUUCCAAAGAGUGGUUUUCUCAUGUCUCAGGAGGUCCGAUGAGAGGUUCAGAUGAGGACAAGAAGUUCAAUAUCCUGAUCUCACGUGUGGCUUGUAUCGCUAAGAUACAACACAAGAAUAUCGGCUAUUCAGGGCCCCUCAGCAGGCAAUUGCUCUGUUACCGCUCUCUUAUUUCUGAGGUCCGCUCCACAUUAAGAAAUCUGAUCGAAGUUGUUUUAGCUAGUCUACUUCUCAGCGGAGAUGCUAGCAGAGAUCGGAAUGACUGGACUGAGAUGAGUGUCAAACUCCCGUUCAUCGACGACAAUGACUGCGGUCUCGGCAUUGCAGUGCGCACAUAUCUCGAUGACCUGCCCCUGCAGGCGGACCCAACUUCGCCGGAGGCACGGUUAGAGGUGAAGUCCAAGGGUAAAGAAUGGUUUCAGCACAGUGACAGCUUUACGAGCAAUCUGGAAAAGGCUUUCAAGCUCUGGGAUGCGGUGAGUGCCCAAAGACUCGAACCCAUUUUCACCACGCGAGCUGAUCUUUUUCUUCUAUCAGGUCUACAAAGGCACGCAGAACGCCAGUAAAGAGUUUAAGGACAUUCAGUUGUGGAAGGAGGCAAAUGAAUGGUUGUCGGGGAGGCGAUAGUUGUUAAGCUGUGCCCAGGUGAUAAGGCUAAUGGGCAGUUGUGGGAACUGCAAUCUCACGAAUGAAACCAGAGUCUACGAACACCAACAGCGUUAUCACUUGUCAGCGAUGGUGAUUGACCGAGGGACUCGUCCGGUAAAGGUAGAAAUCUAAAGGGACUGUAACACUAAACACCUUACUGGCCACCUGCCAUCUCUACAUUAGGUGACAUACUCAUAGCACGUCGUUACAGUAAACCUCUGCAACAGAUCUUGAUUGAAGAAG